AUGUCAUCAGCCGAGAUGGACCAGCUGCUACAGGCCAAGACGUUGGCCAUGCACAAUAACCCGACGGAAAUGCUGCCCAAGGUCCUCGAGACCACGGCGUCCAUGUAUCACAACGGCAACCUCAGCAAGCUGAGGUUGCCCCUAGCCAAGUUCUUCACACAGUUGGUUCUGGACGUGGUGUCCGUGGAUUCGCCGAUCGCAAACACGGAGAGACCGUUCAUUGCGGUGCAAUACCUUCCACUGCUGCUUGCCAUGGCGCAGUCCACCGCGGACGUGCUGGUGUACAAGAACGUCGUACUCAUUAUGUGUGCCUCGUAUCCACUGGUGCUGGAUUUGGUUGCCAAGACUUCCAACCAGGAGAUGUUUGAUCAGCUGUGUGCGCUGAAGGGGUUCGUGCUUUCGCACUGGAGAACCGCGUACCCUUCACGUGCUGCCGCGAUUGACGACGAGAGCGAUGUCGAACAGUGGCUGGUGCAGAUCGACCAGAACAUAGGUGUGAAACUAGCCACCAUCAAAUUCAUGUCCGAGGUCGUGCUGGUGCAGACCAAGUCCUCCAGCGGCAACGAGAUCAACUCAUCUACCAUUCCCGACAAUCACCCGGUGUUGAACAGGUCAGCCCUGGAGAGCGAGGCCAAGAGGCUUCUGGACGUGCUGUUGAACUACCUCACUGAGGAGCAGUACAUGAUCUCGCCCGUUUUCAUUGGCAUCAUCAACUCUUUAGCCUUCGUCAUCAAGAAAAGACCGCAGACGACAAUGAGGAUUCUUUCCGGGCUCUUGCGUUUCAACGUGGACGGCAAAUACCCGCUAGAGGGCAAGUCAGAUCUGAACUAUAGGCUGUCCAAGAGAUUUGUUGAAAGAGCGUACAAGAAUUUCGUGCAAUUCGGGCUGAAAAACCAAAUUAUCACCAAGUCCCUGUCAUCCGGAUCGGGCUCGUCGAUCUAUUCCAAGCUGACCAAGAUCUCCCAGACAUUACACGUGAUUGGCGAGGAAACCAAGAGCAAGGGAAUCCUAAACUUCGAUCCGUCCAAGGGCAACAGCAAGAAGACAUUGCCCAAGCAAGACAAACUGAAGUACAUUUCGAUGUGGAAAAGACAACUAUCCGCACUACAGUCCACCGUGGGCGUGGCCCAGAAGGCUGCUCCGCCCGUUCCUGCUACUACACCAGCGGACUCCACUGAGAACAUGCUUGAUCAAUUAAAAAUCUUGCAGAAAUACACCCUCAACAAGGCUUCACAUCAGGGCAAUACUUUCUUCAACAGCUCACCCAAGCCGAUCAGCAACACUUACUCGUCGGUAUACUCGCUCAUGAACAGUUCAAACUCCAACCAAGAUGUGACCCAGCUGCCCAAUGACAUACUGGUCAGGCUGUCCACGGAGGCCAUCUUGCAAAUGGACACCGCACGGCUGAUUACAGGGCUGUCCAUCGUCGCUUCGAGGUACACGGACUUGAUGAACACAUAUGCCAAUUCCGUACCGUCCUCGUCGUCAUCGAAGAGGAAGUCAGACGAUGAUGACGACGACGAUAACAAUAACGACGACGAUGGAGACGACGACGACCCAAUGGACGGUAGCAAGAAAAUCAAAAUACAGGCGGAAGACAUAGGUGCGGAGCCUGAAGAACCAGAAGACGACGACCGAAUGCAGAAGAUGCUGCAACAGGAGGAAAUCGCCCAAGAGAACGCAGGUGACGCCAACCAACCCAACCCGGCUACGAAGGAGGUCGCACCGCCUUUUGAGCCCGAAUCCUUGACACAGGACGAAAAGCUAAAGUAUCUAACGAGGCUGACCACGAAACUGUUUGAACUGUCCAGCCGCCUGGACACCACCCCGGUGAAGUCUCCAUCCUCGUCCCCCAUACUGCUGGACGACGACGACUCUUCCUCGUGGCUGCACGUCCUGAUAAGACUAGUGACGAGAGGCAUUGCAGCACAAGAAGCCAGUGAUCUAGUCCGUGAGGAACUGCUCAACUUUUUCGUCCAGGACUUCGAACAACGGGUCAGUCUGAUCAUCGAAUGGCUCAACGAAGAAUGGUUCUUCCAAACUUCACUGCGCCAAGACCCAACCAACUACAACAACUGGUCCUUGAGAAUUCUCGAGUCGCUGGGGCCAUUCCUUGAAAACAAACACAGACGAUUCUUCAUCAGACUCAUGAGCGAAUUGCCCAGCCUUCACUGCGGCCACCUCGACGCCCUGAAACCCAUAUGCCUGGACCCGGCAAGAAGCUCUCUCGGAUUCCAAACGCUCAAGUUUCUGAUCAUGUUCAGACCUCCAGUGCAGGGCAUUGUCCGCGACCUGCUGUACCAGCUCAAGCAAGAAGACGAGGGCCUACACAAACAAUGCGAUUCUCUGCUUGACAGACUACAAUGA